AGGAGGAGGAGAAGAAGGGGGAGGGAGGAGGAGGAGGCCCCGUCGCGGCCUUUGCCGCCGCCAACGGGGCUGUCCCUGUAGCUCCCGAUGGAGUUUGAGGCCGUGAAACCGCCGCCGAGCUCUGCCGCGGCGAGACGAGGCGCCUCCAUCGCCGAGCCGCGCCGUCGCGGGGCUCCCGGGAGCGGCCCUUAGCGACCCCGCCCGGGCCCCCUCAGCUUACAAAACACUACGCAGCAAAAUAAUGAUCUGCUAGACUGCUAACCCGAGCAUCCAGCUUCCACAAUGCCUGUGCAGGCAGCUCAGUGGACAGAAUUUCUGUCCUGUCCAAUCUGCUAUAAUGAAUUUGAUGAGAAUGUGCACAAACCCAUCAGUUUAGGUUGUUCACACACUGUUUGCAAGACCUGCUUAAAUAAACUUCACCGCAAAGCUUGUCCUUUUGACCAGACUGCCAUCAACACGGACAUUGAUGUGCUUCCUGUCAACUUUGCACUUCUCCAGUUAGUUGGAGCCCAGGUACCAGAUCAUCAGUCAAUAAAGUUAAGUAGUCUAGGUGAGAAUAAACACUAUGAGAUUGCAAAGAAAUGUGUUGAGGAUUUGGCGCUCUACUUAAAACCACUAAGUGGAGGUAAAGGUGUGGCUAGUUUGAACCAGAGUGCACUGAGCCGUCCAAUGCAAAGGAAAUUGGUGACACUUGUAAACUGUCAACUGGUGGAGGAAGAAGGUCGAGUCAGAGCCAUGCGAGCCGCACGUUCACUUGGAGAAAGAACUGUAACAGAACUAAUAUUACAGCACCAGAAUCCUCAGCAGUUAUCUGCCAAUCUGUGGGCUGCUGUCAGGGCUCGAGGAUGCCAGUUUCUAGGACCAGCUAUGCAAGAAGAGGCCUUGAAGCUCGUGUUGCUGGCUUUAGAAGAUGGUUCUGCUCUCUCACGGAAAGUUCUGGUACUUUUUGUUGUGCAAAGACUAGAACCAAGAUUUCCUCAGGCAUCAAAAACAAGUAUUGGUCAUGUUGUGCAACUACUGUAUCGAGCUUCGUGUUUUAAGGUUACCAAAAGGGAUGAAGACUCUUCUCUGAUGCAGCUAAAGGAGGAAUUUCGGAGUUACGAGGCAUUACGCAGAGAACACGAUGCCCAGAUUGUUCAUAUUGCUAUGGAAGCAGGACUCCGCAUUUCACCUGAGCAGUGGUCUUCACUCUUAUAUGGUGAUCUGGCUCAUAAAUCACACAUGCAGUCUAUCAUUGAUAAGCUGCAAUCUCCAGAAUCAUUUGCAAAGAGUGUCCAGGAAUUGACAAUUGUUUUGCAACGAACAGGUGACCCAGCUAACUUAAAUAGACUGAGACCACAUUUAGAGCUUCUUGCAAACAUAGACCCUAAUCCAGAUGCUGUUUCACCAACAUGGGAGCAGCUAGAGAAUGCAAUGGUAGCUGUUAAAACAGUAGUUCAUGGCCUUGUGGACUUCAUACAGAAUUAUAGUAGAAAAGGCCAUGAGACACCUCAGCCUCAGCCAAACAGCAAAUACAAGACUAGCAUGUGCCGAGAUUUGCGACAGCAAGGGGGUUGUCCACGAGGAACAAAUUGUACCUUUGCCCAUUCUCAGGAAGAGCUUGAAAAGUAUCGAUUAAGGAACAAAAAGAUCAAUGCAACUGUAAGAACGUUUCCUCUUCUAAAUAAAGUUGGUGUAAACAGCACUGUCACAACCACAGCCGGAAAUGUCAUUUCUGUCAUAGGAAGUACUGAAACAACGGGGAAAAUUGUUCCAAGUACAAAUGGAAUUUCAAAUUCAGAAAACAGUGUUACCCAGCUAAUUCCACGUAGUACUGACAGUACAUUAAGAGCUCUGGAGACUGUGAAGAAAGUGGGGAAAGUUGGCACUAAUGGUCAGAAUGCUGCUGGGCCCUCUGCAGAGUCUGUAACUGAAAAAUUCAAAUAUGGAGUCCAUGAAAUGAUCUUUGGGAGUUUUGUAGAUGCCCAUCAUGGUGUGCAAAAUGGGUUGCUUUUAUAUGCUAGAUACUACCCACCACCUCCAACGGUACCAGCUGGUGUGGCUCCCUGUGUUCCUCGCUUUGUGAGGUCCAAUAAUGUUCCAGAGUCCUCCCUCCCACCUGCUUCCAUGCCAUAUGCUGAUCAUUACAGUACAUUUUCCCCUCGAGAUCGAAUGAAUUCUUCUCCUUACCAACCUCCUCCUCCGCAGCAGUAUGGACCAGUUCCCCCAGUACCUUCUGGAAUGUAUGCUCCUGUGUACGACAGCAGGCGCAUCUGGCGCCCACCUAUGUAUCAACGUGAUGACAUUAUUAGAAGCAAUUCUUUACCUCCAAUGGAUGUGAUGCACUCAUCUGUCUAUCAGACGUCUUUGCGGGAAAGAUACAACUCAUUAGAUGGAUAUUAUUCAGUGGCUUGUCAGCCACCAAGUGAACCAAGGACGACUGUGCCUUUACCAAGGGAACCUUGUGGUCAUUUGAAGACCAGCUGCGAGGAGCAGAUAAGAAGAAAGCCAGACCAGUGGGCACAGUAUCACACUCAAAAAGCACCUGUUUCUUCAACUCUUCCUGUAGCAACACAGUCUCCAACACCACCUUCUCCUCUAUUUAGUGUAGACUUUCGCACAGAUUUCUCUGAGAGUGUGAGUGGUACAAAAUUUGAAGAAGAUCAUCUUUCCCAUUAUUCUCCCUGGUCUUGUGGCACCAUAGGCUCCUGCAUAAAUGCCAUCGAUUCAGAGCCGAAAGAUGUAAUCGCUAAUUCAAAUGCUGUACUAAUGGACCUGGACAGUGGAGAUGUUAAGAAAAGAGUACAUUUAUUUGAAACUCAAAGAAGGACAAAAGAAGAAGACCCAAUAAUUCCCUUUAGUGAUGGACCCAUCAUCUCAAAAUGGGGUGCAAUUUCCCGAUCUUCUCGUACAGGUUACCAUACUACGGAUCCUGUUCAGGCCACUGCUUCCCAAGGAAGUGCAACUAAGCCCAUCAGUGUAUCAGAUUAUGUCCCUUAUGUUAAUGCUGUUGAUUCAAGAUGGAGUUCAUAUGGCAAUGAGGCCACAUCAUCAGCACAUUAUAUUGAACGGGACAGAUUCAUUGUUACUGAUCUGUCUGGUCAUAGAAAGCAUUCCAGUACUGGAGACCUUUUGAGCAUUGAACUUCAGCAGGCAAAGAGUAACUCAUUACUUCUACAGAGGGAGGCAAAUGCUCUAGCCAUGCAACAGAAGUGGAAUUCCCUGGACGAAGGCCGUCACCUUACUUUAAAUCUUCUAAGUAAGGAAAUUGAACUGAGAAACGGAGAGAGUGAUUAUACAGAAGAUACAACAGAUACUAAGCCUGAUAGAGAUAUUGAAUUAGAGCUUUCAGCACUUGAUACUGAUGAACCUGAUGGACAAAGCGAACAAAUUGAAGAGAUCUUGGACAUACAACUUGGUAUUAGUGCUCAAAGUGACCAGUUGCUGAAUGGUACUGCAGUGGAAAAUGGGCAUCCAGUUCAACAGCAUCAAAAAGAGCCAUUAAAGCAAAAGAGACAGAGUUUAGGUGAAGACCAUGUGAAUCUGGAGGAGCAAAAACCAAUUCUGCCGGUAACUUCUUGCUUUAGUCAGUCACUCCCAGUGUCUGUGAGCAAUGCAAGUUGCCUCCCCAUCACCACAUCUGUCAGUGUCGGCAACCUCAUUCUGAAAACUCAUGUUAUAUCUGAAGAUAAAAACGACUUUUUAAAACCUGUUGCAAAUGGGAAGAUGGUUAACAGCUGAAAGGAGAUUCAUCUUUCAAAUUUGUGACCACACCAUGGAAGCAUUUACACUAGCUUUUUAUAUAUAUAAUAUAUAUUAUAUAAUGUAUAUUUUUUUUAAAAAAAGAUAUUACUGGGGGCAUCCAUUUCCUGUGGACUCUUUGAUACUUCAAGCCCUCUUGCAUUAGCAUUAUGAAAAAAAAAAAAAGAAAAUUUACUUUACUAGGGUAACAUGUUCACUUUCCAGAGGUGAUUGGAAUUUGGACAACAUUUAACUUAAGCUUCAAGCAGCUUUUUAUGAGUUUGUAGCAAUCCGGUGCAGUAACUGAGCCAUUUCCUAUUUUAAAUGGCUUCUGUAGAAAAAUUAACAACUCAGUUAUUAAACUAGCAGGAUCCUACAAUGAUACAUCUAGUGAAAGUAGAAUUAAUUAACUUAUUUAUUUCUAUUUUAUGUUUCACUGAGAGAAAUUUCCAUCUCAUUCCAGCUGCUUUAUUUAUCUUUUUCAUGGGACUUUGCAUGGAUUUUUUUCCUUUUUUAAAUUUUUUGUUUUAAUUUUGAAGAGUGGAGUUAGACAUUCUUAUCAUAGAGUUUUACAGGGUUAUAUACUAGCUUUCUUUACUGUAUUAUAUGUAGGAGUGUGGUGCAGUGCUUUUAUCUGUAGCAUUUAUUUUUUUUUUAAUUUUUAAUUUUUUAAGAAUAGUUUCUGCUUUGUUAAUAUUUAUACACAGGCUACUUGUUGAAGUAAUUAAUUAAAAAUAUAACCAAGUGCCUAAGUCUUUCAGCUGAUGUACUAGAUAUUAAAUUCUCCUAAGUUAUGCAGAAUCGUUUUUACAAUUUUGAUAAAUUAUGCACUAAUGUAAUGGCGGUUUUUUAAAAUGCAGAUUUAAGCCUGUACAUUAUAGGAUCUGUUGACUUGGCAAAAGAAUCAGGUGCUUUCAGCUUUCUUGAGAAAACCCUGUAUGUAGCGUUUGCACUGACUAACAAGAUGGUAUUGCUGGGUUUUUAAUUUAAACUAAUUAAUUUAGAUGUUCAUUGCAUUAUCUUGGUUGAAUAUUGUUUAUUGUUACUUCAUGUUGGGGUUAAUUUUUUUGUUUUUUUUUCUGACUGGUAAGUUGAUAAGACUAUGAACCAUGUUAUAGUAGAACAUUGGCUAACAUUUAUUCAUAUUUAAAAACAAUACCUGUCCUAGCAUAAUGUGACUGAAAUUAUUUUGACUUGGCAUCUAAAAGUUUGCAGUAGUAUGUUCAACUAGCCAUGGCCCAGAUUUGUGGAAAUACUUCAUUGAAACCUAAAUUUCAGUCAGCAUUUGAAAGCAAAAGCUAGGCAUUUUUUCAAGGUAACCUUACCUAUAGUUAGUCUUUUUGUUUUUCUUCCAUUUCUUUAAGAUUAGUUUGACUUUUAUAAUUUUUUUAAUUAACUUCUGUGAAGUUGUUUACUCUGAAAAUUGUACUGGAAUAUUUUAAGCCAAGCUGAUCUUUCACCAGGUGUACUGUAUGUAAGGGCUUUUCCUGCUAGCAAGAUGCUUAAACAGGAUCAUGUUAUUGGUCGUCUGAGCUAUUUAGUUAUUUUACAAAACCACAGCAUUGUAUCAGAUAAGAUUUUGAUAAAAGUUUUGUGCACAUUUCCAGGGGCGGGAGGGUUGACAUUUCCCUGAAAUUUCUUGAUCGGAAAGAGUAAAUACAAGUGUUUGAUACCUGUCUUAAUGAACAUGCUCAUAAGGUGACUGAUAAGUUGUAAAUAUACCUGAGAAACAAAGGGGUAGUUUUGAUAUUCUGGUGUCAGUAUGGAAGAUCUUACACAUUUAUUUAAUAUUCAGAUGUAUGAAGAUGUUUGUUUGUAGCAUAACAGCACAGUAGCCUUGACUUAGUUUUCUUUAAUUAGUACUGUACCUUUUUGCCAUGGCCAGUGCUCCUCAUCCCUACAAGGACAUUUUAUUUAUUUCACUCUGUAACCUGAAGUGAAUAGGAACAAGAGUUUUAAACCAUGUUACAUUAACUUAUUUCUGACAUUAUAAAUUAGCCUAGGAUAUUACAGGAACAUGAUUGUUACAUAAUUUAUAUCAGAACCUUUCUAUAAAUAUGUGCUUAUUACAUUUUGAAUGCUUCCAAUGUACUUUAUUUGCUGUUUUUAAUUCCAAAAAGGAUAUGCAAACCAAUCUGUCUAUUUCAUGGAUAUUUAAUAGUGAGAUCUUCCAUGUUGAAGGUAAUGUAUUUUUUUUUAAGAUUUUAAAAUUGCUAUUUUGUUACAAAAUAGAGACCUAUUAACAGUUGGAGAGCUCCUUAUGUGCCCUCAGGGAAAGAACCCUCUGUGCAACAGAACUACACAAAACAUCUUCAGCACGUUCUGAGGGUGAAUAUAUACUACAUAAAUUGAUCUUGUGUAUUUAAUCUUAUCUUUUUAAUUUUAAAAUUGAAAAUUUGAAACUUGGUUGUGCUCUGCUGGAGGGGGUUGGGAUAAACUGCUUAGGUGUUUGCCUACUUGUCCAGUAAAUUACAUUUGCAUAAGUGUAUGUAUAUACCCACCAACCUUAUUGAUAUGUCUCAGAAUAUUUAUAUUAAAGUAAUGCUUGUCUUGCAGCAGGUGAUCCCAUAAAAUAGUAACUCCCUAUUCUGAAAAUCCCACUCUUUUUCACUAACAACAUAGGAAUUGAUUCUGUGUUGACAUUAUUUCUGUAUUUCAUCUUUCUUUAUGUGGUAGCCACCCUCUGUCAUGGUUAAAUGUGAAAUAAAGUUAUUGGUGUUCUCUGCCACUUCAGAAGAAAGACAGUUCAUCUGAUCCUUCUUCAGUGGUAUCUACUGAUGUCACAGAGGGAAAUCAUACAAAUGAGAUCAAGAGAGUGGCUUCUUUGGGGCAGUUGUCAGUUGAUCUUUUCACCAACACAUUGUGAGUAAACAUUUUAAAUCAAAGGCUACAUCUCAAGAGGAGAGGAAAUUUGUAUCAUUAGUAAUGAAAAUUGUAUACGUUGCCAGUGGUCUAAUGAGGAAAAAGCAGUCUGAGAUUUGGUAAUUAGGAAAGGGUGUUUUUUUGGGUUUUGUUUUAUCCUUUUUCAAUUUUAAGUCCCUUCCUUAGGACCACCAGCCUUGCUCCAAUGCUGUAGAUAUAGUAUCAGUAGGUUUUUUGUUUGUUUUGUUUUUCUUUGUGUGUGUGUAGUUUUAUUUCAUUUUAUGAAUUUUGAGAAAGAUACAAAUGUCUUUUAGUUGAUACAUGAACAAAUGAGAUUCCUUUGCCUUUGCUGAUGUGAUAUACUUUCAAUGCCAUACAAUGAAAAAGUAUACAUGAAAAAUUGUGCAUUGUAAUUUUUAAGAAAAGUUAGUUCGUAGCACCGAUCCCCCCACUCCCUAUCCCAUGGCUGUUUACUUUAGUAAUAGACUAGUAAAUGAAAUAGCGCAUUCUAGCACUGAAAUUUCCAUUUCUUUGGAUUUAGUUAUUUUCGCCCAAAUUUCAAGUUGAUGUUAAUUACAUAAAGCACAUCCUAGUUUUGUAUACCACCUUGAGAAAAUUAACAACACACAAUUUGUAGGAAUUAGUGGGAUCCAUUAAACAUUAGAAAAACUUUUAAAAGCCAUCUGCCUUUCACAUUUUUUUAACCUUUCACAAUUUAGAUUCUAAAGCCUACUUUGUCUUAUUAAUCGGUAGAAUUUGUGACAUAUUUAAUAUGUGAUUUCAAAGUUGAGUAUUUCUUCUCUAGCUUCUUGAGUCCCUUUCUGAGCGGACCAUCACCAGUAUUGGCAAUCAAUGUUAAAGGGAAAAGUUAAAUUCCAACUGUGUGUUAGUUUGCUGGAAGAACUUUUCUUAUGUUUAGUGAAUAAAGAGUUGAUGGGAUCACUUACUGUAACUCCUUGUUUGCAAGGACCCCUUCUGCAAGCAGAACACAAAUGAACAUGCUCUAGGAGUAUACCCUUUUCUGGAUAAAUUGAAAAAGUUUGCUAGUAACUUCUCAGUACUAGUAGUUUCUUUGUAUCCCUUUGCUGGCAAGGGAGUACAAGGAGUCAAGACCACAGAUCAGAAAACCCCACAUUUGAGUGGAGACUUAUUUUUACUCCAAGAGCAGUUAUUCCCUUACGUCCAAAACUGGCAGUUUUGUGUUUUUUAUUUAUUUAUUUUUUUUUAACAUAAAAUUUUAAAAAAUAUCCCUAAACCAGUGAAAAACAGACACUGGCUGCACUUAGUACUGCCAAAAGCCAAGGUCAUUUGCACAUAUUCCAUCAACCUGUGAAGAAUUAGGCCUCACUCUGUAACCCAAGGCAUGGAAGUGCAUGCAUCCUCUUAGCUGGGCAAACGGUUAUACUGUAGUUGUGAUACAACACACGUGGCUUUUAUUUGUACUGCACAUAUCCACUGUACAGCCACUUGGGAGUAUCGUGGUUAGCUUGCAGCAACUGCUGUCUGCAUUUAUACUGUUUAUUGCAUAUUCUUUUCCCUGGAAGUGAAAGAGAAAUGUUCUUGUUGCAUUGAUUACACUUUAUAAAUUUGCUUAGCUGGAAAGUUUGGGAAAAGAGGCCUGUUUGUCAAUUGUACAACCGAUUGUGAAGCUCUAGUGUGAAUAUUUUUACGUCUGUAUUAGACAUUUUCUUUGCAAAUCUAUUGUUCGAUUGAAAUGUAAAUGAAAUUAAAGAUGGUGUACACCCAUCAUGUAAAAAGCAGGCACCAUCUCUAAGAUGGAUUUAAUGCUCAUUUUUAAGGCAUAUACUCAGCUUCUAUUUAAAACUAUAAUUUAAAAUAAUUCUGUACAAUGAAGUGGGAAAUAUAUAUGGGAAUAAAUUCUAUUCCAUUUAUUUCAAUUUGAAUUUCCAAAUUGUAAUGUUUCCCUUUGUGCUAUAGGAAUAGGAUUAAGUGGGGGAAGGCUAGGACUUAUAAGGCCUGUAUAUGGGGGGAGGGCAGAGAUGGAACAAUGAGGGUUGUGAUGAUAGUGAAUAGCAAAGAGUGAAUUCUGUGUGUUUUUGCUGUAGCACUGAAGUGAAGCGAUAUUAGCUUUGGCUGUUCACAAAAUAGAGCAUCAUGAUUUUCAGUGUUUGAGAGAAAAUUGAUGGAAAGAGUUUGCAGUACUUGACAUGUAUUUGCAUGCACAAAAUAAAAUUAUUUGUCCACCU